UUCAUUGGGUUAGUACACCACCAGACACGGAUGAGGAAACACCAUCUUUGGAUUAUUUAAUCAACGAACAACGAAACUUGUACAUCGUUCAAGUUCUAAAGCCGGGUUUACUUAAAUAAUUUUAUCCGGCUAAUGAUACAUCAGACAUGUUCACUGGGUGCUGAAUUGGUGUACAUAUUCAGUCAUUUAACGUCAACGAAAUCUGUUCGUAUCGCCUUGUGAGGUAUACAGAAACAGCAAGAAAUAUCGUAUCGGAAGCGACGGACAUUGUGGAGUAAUCUCGACUAAAGGGAAGUAACCAAUUAUUCCAUCUCUCACGUUGGAGUACAGAAAACAUGGAUGAGAAGAAAAGACGGCUCGUUGUUCGAGACAACUCGUACGACAAUCGCCACAGGGACGGCCCAUGUGGAAAAAGAUGUUUUGUGGUGACUACAGUCUCGUUGUUUUUAUUCCUCACAUUCGUCGCCCUGCCGGCCGGGGCGUUUCUGAUCAUUCAUGGCCGCCAUCAAAGGAGCAUCGCAUUCCAGUUGGGAGGAGCCGCCGUCGUUUGCAUUCCCAUUCUCGCGGGCAUCAUUCUAGCUAUCGUCUUCUUCGUCAGGCGAAACAGACGGAAAGCCACGUUCACUAGCGUCAGUACGGCGAGGGUGUGAUCCUACAAGGUCACGGCCGGACUUUUCUGCACAGUGAUGUAAAUAGAAAACACGAACUAAUAAUAGCUGUCACAUGAUAUGAACCGGAAGUGGGCCAGAGUGGAUGAUUCAUGUUAGAUUCAAAACACUGUAGAAAUGUGUAUAAAUAAUCAAUUUUUAUGCGUGCCUACCUUUAUGAACAAUCUACACCCAUUUUUUUAGAAUCUAGAUCUACUUAUCUCAAGAGAAAGCUGAUUUUAAAAUGACGUUUUGUUUUUUGGGAUAGAUCUAGUCUAGUUAAGUUACUCCAUGAAAUUAAAAUUUCACUCUUUUAUUAAAAAAUAUAAUUCAGAAAUUCAUUUAUGAUUGUGUC